GUGUGUGUGUUUGACCGUGUUUAGAGCUUGACUCAGAUUUUACCCAAAACUGAAUACUUGUCGUCUCGACAGCUUUGAAGUGUAAAGAGAUCUGACAACAUGACACUCCACGUUCGAUAUCUUUCGUAAGCAACCCCCCCCCCUCUCUCUCUCUACCCCUCUAUCCCUCCCCUUCAGAUUCAACCAAACAAAACCACGAACAUUGCUCCUCUUCCUAUCACCACCCUCACCAUCAAUCAGCUUCGCAAUCCUCUCUGCGCAAUAUUAACAUUAUCACCCUCGGUACAACAUCGCUUCAUACCACGUGCGGUUGUAUUCUGUGUAAAAGCAUACAUAUAUAGAGGGAGGGAGUUUUCUUGAUUGUAUUGGUUAGUGGGUUUCAGAUAUCUGAAACUAAUGGCGGCGUCAUCUGUAAUGUGUACAUGGCUAAUGGCGGCUUGCAUGUCUGUUGCUUGUGAAAAAGACCAAACGAUGAUGAACCCGAACCCUUCGAUGUUUAAUUCUUCGCCUUCGAAAGGAUUAAGCAAAGGGACUCGUAGAAGAAGGGUCUUGGCUAAAUGCAAUUCUGAUAGCACCAAAUUGCAAAGAGGCUUAAUUACAUCAUUGUGUGGAUCGAGCAUUCAGAAUCUAAUGAACUCCUUGGAGCCAUGUCAUGAGUAUAACAAUUCUAAAGGGCUUUUGAUAUCAGACUUCUUUGGUGAGAAUGGGUUAGGAUCGAUAUUCGGAUCAAGAAAUGUUCCGUUAGGUCGCAGGCGGAGGAGGAUGAAUAAAGUUACCCAUUCUGGGGAAACUAUGGCUGUAGCUGAGCAACCUACCAUGGAAGUUGCAAUGAAGAAGAAACUUCCUACCAAGCAAAAGCGGGUGGUAGUCACCGGAAUGGGUUUGGAGACCCCAAUUGGUCAUGACCCCGAUGUGUUUUACAAUAAUCUGCUUGAAGGUGUUAGUGGCAUAAGUGAGAUAGAAGCUUUUGAUUGCUCCCAUUAUCCAACGAGAAUUGCUGGGGAGAUCAAGUCUUUCUCAACAGAUGGAUGGGUUACACCAAAACUUUCAAAGAGGAUGGACAAUUUCAUGCUUUACAUGCUAACAGCUGGCAAGAAAGCAUUGGCAGAUGGUGGAAUUACUGAAGAUGUAAUGGACGAACUAGACAAAACUAAAUGUGGGGUUUUGAUUGGCUCGGCCAUGGGUGGUAUGAAGGUUUUUAACGAUGCAAUAGAAGCUUUAAGGGUCUCGUACAGGAAGAUGAAUCCUUUUUGUGUACCUUUUGCAACUACAAAUAUGGGUUCAGCCAUACUCGCUAUGGAUCUGGGAUGGAUGGGCCCAAACUAUUCGAUUUCUACUGCUUGUGCUACAAGCAACUUCUGUAUAUUGAAUGCAGCAAACCACAUCAUCAGAGGUGAAGCUGACAUGAUGCUUUGUGGUGGCUCAGAUGCUGUAAUCAUACCCAUUGGGUUGGGAGGAUUUGUGGCAUGCAGAGCACUUUCUCAGAGAAAUGGAGAUCCUACAAAAGCUUCACGCCCUUGGGACAUGAAUCGUGAUGGUUUUGUUAUGGGAGAAGGAGCUGGAGUUCUGCUUUUGGAAGAACUUGAGCAUGCAAAGAAAAGAGGAGCAAAAAUCUAUGCUGAAUUUAUGGGUGGAAGCUUCACUUGUGAUGCAUAUCACAUGACUGAGCCUCAUCCUGAAGGGACUGGUGUCAUCCUAUGCAUAGAAAAGGCCAUAGCUCAGUCUGGCGUAUCUAGGGAAGAUGUGAACUACAUAAAUGCACAUGCUACAUCAACACUAGCUGGAGACAUUAAGGAGUACCAAGCGCUUGUUCACUGUUUUGGCCAGAACCCCGAGCUACGAGUGAACUCUACAAAAUCAAUGAUUGGCCACCUACUAGGGGCAGCUGGUGCUGUGGAAGCCAUUGCAACUGUGCAGAAUACUAAAAGUGGCAUUCAUUGGUUCGACCUGGGAUUGAUUGCCACAAAAGAGUGA